UUAGCAGUAAUUUUUGUUUUUGUCUCAACUCUCAGCUCAAAGGCCGAACAACUUACCACAUGCGACACCUCUUUCUCUGUCUCUCUUUAACUUUCAACUCAAACAAGACCCUUUCUUUCUCUCUCUACUGUAUGUGUGAUGUGUACGUGUGCGUGAGAGUGUAUUGGGAGAGUAGAGAGAGAAAGUAGUAGAAAGAGAGUUGAAGGAUGAGUAAAGCAAAAACCAUCUUGUCAUAGUAGCUACUAGCUAGUAGGGUUUUCGUAAAACUUCAAAUUGGAAAGAAAAGAAAAGAGAAGAGAGCUCGCUCAUUGAUUCUUUCAUUCGUUAGUUCGUUCAUUCAUUCAUUGUAGAGACUAGAGUGAGAUUAGAAGAGAGUGGAGGCAAAUGCAGGUGACCUUUUGAACUCCAAAUUGGAGGAUCGGGUUCCGCAGUCCAAGAUCUCCAACCUCUCAUAUCAUAAUCUGGAAUGCUUCUGAUUAAGAGACGGGGUCCAAGAAUUGAUAUAGAGUUCCCUUUAUCAAAACAAAAAUGAAUUCUGACACGCCUCUUGAUUGUGCUGUAUUCCAGUUGUCUCCAGAUCGAUCAAGAUGUGAGUUGUUUGUUUCAAGUGAUGGAAACAACGAGAAACUAGUAUCAGGAUCAAUACAGCCAUUUGUGACUCAUUUAAAGGUUGCAGAAGAGCAGAUUGCACUGGCAGUCCAGUCAAUUAAACUAGAAACUGAGAGAAAUAAAAAUGUUGAGACAUGGUUUACAAAAGGAACCCUUGAAAGGUUUGUGCAAUAUGUCAGCAAACCAGAGGUUUUAGAAAUGGUCAAUACCUUUGAUGCAGAGAUGUCACAAUUGGAAGGAGCAAGGCGCAUAUACUCUCAGGGAACUGGAGAUCAGCGAACAGUUUCUCGAGGUGGGGUUGGAACAGGAUCACCUGCAGCAGCAGAUGCAACCAAGAAGGAACUGCUAAGAGCUAUUGAUGUACGGCUUGCUGCAGUAAGGCAGGACUUGACCACAGCUUUUGCUCGUGCAUCAGCUGCUGGUUUUAAUCCUGAUACUGUUUCUGAUCUAAAACAUUUUGCAGAUCAAUUUGGUGCUCAUCGCUUAAAUGAAGCAUGCAGCAAGUACAUGUCAAUGUGCGAAAGUAGAGCUGAUUUGAGGGCGUCGAAAGGGAAUAGUGAGAGGGAUGUCCGGUCAUCAGUUGGAUCAGAUAUGUCUAUUGAGGAUCCCACAGAAGACCAGGCUGGGCCCUUCCUCGGGCCCAAUAAUGCCCAGGCCACGUGGCAACAAAGGAAGAUCGUUCCCAGUAUCGGAUCAAGACGUAGCAGCAUCGGGGGCGGGGUAAACGAAAAAGAUCAAGAACAACAACAACGAGUCGAGCCUGAGGUAGUGGAGGAGGAAGACGAGAAGAAGAAGAAAGAGGGGCAUCAAGUGGGGGGUCAGCCGCAGCCAGGUCGGCGUCUGAGCGUGCAGGACCGCAUCAAUCUUUUCGAGAGUAAGCAGAAGGAGAUUUCGUCAUUUUCUGCCUCUUCUGGUGGGAGCGGCACCAAGCCCGUCGUGGGGAAACCCGUAGAGUUGCGGAGGCUGUCAUCCGACGUGUCAGCAGCGGAGAAGUCGGUAUUGCGUAGAUGGAGUGGCGCGAGUGACAUGAGCAUUGACACCGAAAGCCCCUCCUCCUCCUCCUCCUGUGUUUUGGCUCCUAAGUUGAAUGCUGAAGACGUUAGCCACAGUCAUAGAAACAACAAUCCCGAGGUCUCAUUCAGUGCUGCCCCACGCACGCGUCCUGAUACCCAAAUUCCUUUUCCUUCCGUGGUGAAAGACGAUGAUUCCAAGGACAGAUCAGCUUCAACUUCUCUCCCUUCUCCUGUCAUAAAUGAUGAUGAUGAUGUUGCUGCUGCUGCUGAUGAGCAGUCUUCUCACGACACUUCCAAAGUUUCUUCUUUUUAUCACGACAGGACUCCUGCUGCCCCUAAAGAUACGCAUUUCAGGGGAUCAAACCAGGUUGCUUCUCAUAUGCUCUCUGUCACUGCCACUGCCACUGCCACUUCAGACGACGUAACACCUGACAUCAAAUCAUCCACUGCAAGGGGGGAUGAUGCUGGCAGGAAAAAUCAUCCUGUUGCCCAGUCAUUUAUCAGGGCUUCUCAUAGUCAUUCUCGAUCCCGUUCUGCACAAUUUGAAAGCAAAUUUAGGGAGGUUGAGGCCGAUCAAUCUACUCAGCCCCAAUUGAGAUCUUUCAAUGCAGAACCUGAGGAGCUUGUAAAGAGGGACUCUUCUUUCUCUUCCAAGCACCAAUCUAAGGUUGAGGAUUCUGAAUUCUCAAAGAUGAAGUACCAAAGGCCUCAGUCUGGUAGUGCUGAUCAAGCCAGCAGGACUCGAUUUAAAAGGGAUGAAACUCGUGUUCCUCAUGAAAGCAGUAAGCUGAACCUUCCUGUUAAGCAAGUUUUGGAGAAUCAAGAUAGUUCCCAGAUAAACUCAACUCCACCUUCAGAGCAAGUUCAGAGAGUAAGGCAGUCUAAGGGAAAUCAGGGCCUCCAUGAUGAGCUGAAAAUGAAGGCAGAUGAGCUUGAAAAGCUUUUUGCAGAGCAUAAACUUCGUCUUCCAGGGGAUCAGUCUGGAUCUGUGUGGAGAACUGAGCCUGUGGAUGCACAUGUAGAACAGGCUGUUAACUCAGAGCAUAGGAGACCUAAAGCAGCGGAGUUGAGUCCUAAUAUGCCUUCCAGAAAUUCUGUGCUCGAACCAACUGCCAGUACGAGCAAUGUACCAAGCUUUGAUGCUACGUCCCUUGUGAAUAAGGUGAAUAAUCAAAAUUUUGGUGAUGAUUCUAGAGGAAAAUUUUAUGAGAAGUACAUGAAGAAGAGAGAGGAUAAACUUAGGGAAGAAUGGAGUUUAAAGAGAGCCGAGAAGGAAGCCAAGAUGAAGGCCAUGCAGGACAGUCUUGAACGCAGUAGAGCAGAGAUGAGGGACAAGUUUUCAGGGUCUAUAGACAGACUUCAUUCAGCAUCUGGUGCUUCUCGUUCUGAGAAACGUAGAUAUUUCAAGUCAAAUAUUAAGAGAGAGCAGCAUCCAAUAGAUUCCCUUCAGAAUGAAGAGGAUGAAGAUCAAUAUGAAUUCUCAGAAGAGAAGAUCUAUGGACAAGAUAGCAUAUCUGGUGAAUCAAACCUUGGAGAUGGAGCUUCAAGGCAAAGCAGGAAAAUUUUGCCCAACAGACAUAUGUCUUCAGCUACGCCUCGCACAGCAGCAGUGUCCUCAUUCUCACGGUCAUCUACCAGGAUUUCCAACUCUUCUGGUAGGCGAAGAGAGAGUCCUAUAGCUCAGUCUGUUCCAAACUUUUCCGACUUAAGAAAAGAAAAUACAAAACCUUCUGGAGUGAGUAAAUCAACAAGCCGCUCUCAGUUGAGAAACUAUGCCCGUAGCAAAAGCGCUCAGGAUGAGACGCAAGGUUCCAAGGAAGACAAGUCAAAGCGGUCUCAAUCCUUACGAAAAAGUUGUGCUAAUUCUGAAGAGUUUAGUGAUUUAUCCCAUUUGAAUUCAGAUGGAGUUGUUUUGGCUCCAUUGAAAUUUGAUACGGAGAGGUCUGAUCUGGGCCCAUUUGAUCAAUCGCCAAAGUCAUUCCUUAAAAAGGGUUAUGGCCUAGGCCAUGGACCUCAGGGGAGUGCUAUAAGGAUGAAAGCUUCAGUGACAUAUGAUACUCAUAAAGAUGAAUUAUUUGAUGAACUGGCAUUUGAAGGGGAGGGUUCUCUGGAUAUGGCAACAGAAGAACCGGAUGAGAUUGGAACUGUAGCUAUUGAAGAUCAUGCAUAUACCAAUAAUGGAAAGGUGAGAUUAAGCCAGGAAUCUGAGAAAUCUGGAAAUUCUGAAUCUGAAAUUGGUGACUCUGCAAGAUCUCUUUCUCAAGUAGACCCUGUUUCAGUAGCUGAAAUGCCUAGUGCUAUGCCAUCAUCUUCCAAUGGUGUGGGAUCUCUGCAGGACUCACCAGUAGAAAGCCCUGUAUCAUGGAAUUCACGCACCCGUCAUCCAUUUACUUACCCACACGAGUCUUCUGACGUUGAUGCAUCUAUGGAUUCUCCAAUUGGAAGUCCUGCAUCUUGGAAUUCUCAUUCCCAUACCCAGGGUGAAAGUGAUGCUGCACGGAUGAGAAAGAAAUGGGGAAGUGCCCAAAAGCCAGUUCUUGUUGCAAAUUCAUCUCAAAAUCAAUCACGAAAGGAUGUCACGAAAGGUUUUAAACGGUUACUGAAAUUUGGGAGGAAAAACCGUGGGUCAGAGAGUUUGGUUGAUUGGAUUUCUGCUACUACUUCUGAAGGAGAUGACGAAACAGAGGAUGUUCGAGAUCUAGUCAAUCGGUCAUCAGAGGACUUAAGGAAAUCAAGAAUGGGAUUCUCUCAUGGUCAUCCAUCUGAUGACAGUUUCAAUGAAAGCGAGCUGUACAGUGAACAAGUCCAAUCCUUGCAAAGCUCGAUCCCGACACCUCCUGCUCAUUUUAAAUUGAGGGAUGACCAUAUAUCAGGAAGUUCGUUAAAAGCUCCCAGAUCAUUUUUUUCUCUUUCAUCUUUCCGAAGCAAGGGUAGUGACUCGAAGCCCAGAUAAAUGUCACUGAUUUUGCUUUCCGAGAGUAAUAUGGAUCCAUUUUCAAUAGGAUGGUGUAAGGGACAGUCUUAAAUAUGUUAAGAAAGAGAGGUAGGGAUGAUACCAUGAUCAAUUUGAAAGAUAUAUGACAAGGUUAUGUAUAUUUUCUUGGAUCCAUGAGGUUUUCCCCUGUGAUUCAGUUAGUUGUGGCUAUAGUUGUGUUAAAACGUGCUGCAUACUGUGUAUUCAAUGAGGUUGUCGCCUAUUGGUGCACUGUCAUUGUGGUUUUGGCAGUACAGAGGCAUUCUUUUACCUUUUUUUUUUCUUCUAUUAGUCGUGUGAUGUAUAUCAGAGUUUGACACAUGUUAGAAUGAAUCGUUUAGUCAGAAUUACAAAGAGUGAUAUGAUUUCGGAGUAAUUUCCAAAAAUGAUCGCUAUUUGCCUCUACAA